AUGAAUCCAAGGGGGAAGGACGUUGAUACUGUAGGAGAUAUACACGUGGAUACCUCCAGUAAGGAUGACGUUAAUGUUUUGGCGGUGCUGCGUAGCAUAACACGUCAUGCUAGGAAGGAAGCUCGGAGAGAGCAGGGUCAGCCAUUAGUAGUUGGGAGCUGCACAUUUCAGCAGUUCGACCAAAAAAGUCCAUCGACUUUUGAAGGAGGGACAAAUCUGAUCGUAGUUGAGGACUGGAUUCAGGAGAUGGAGGAACUCCUGACUGUUCUACACUGCACUAAGGAGCAAAAGGUACAAUAUCCCACCUUUAAACUGGUUGGGGAGGCAAAGAGGCGGUGGAGGUCGGAAAAACUAGUAAAGGAGCAGCAUCCAGUGUAUACAUCUAUUACAUGGAGCCAUUUCAGGGAGGUCUUCUUCAGUAGAUACUUUCCGGUUGCCACCCGAGAGACGAAAGUAGAGGAGUUUCUACAUUUGACCCAGAGGUACAUGAUGGUGCAACAAUAUGCGGCCAAGUUUGUGGAGUUAUCACGUUUCACUCCACACAUGGUUCCGGAUGAGCCGCUAAAAUCUCAGAUGUUUGAGAAAAGAUUGAGGUUGGGGAUACGCGCUUAG